AUGCGCCAACACGUAGAACAACGUCAUGUGACAAUUGCGGAUCCAUUAGGCAGUGCUUCAAUGGGUACGACAGUAACCACAUCAUUGCACAGUGAUGUUGCCGACAGUGGUUCCGCAGCUGCCGUUCUCCCUCUACAUCGAUCUAUGCGUACUAUUUCGGGUUCAAAAUCCGAAGACCAUCUUAUCACAACUGAAAGUGGACGUCGUAUAUAUACAAAAGGACGUCCACCAUGGUAUGAUCGAGAAGGGAAAAUUUUAAAACAACCGUAUGUAAUUGGAAUUUGUGGCGGCUCAGCUUCUGGGAAAACUACUGUUGCUAGACGAAUAAUUGAACGAUUGGAAAUGCCUUGGGUUACCGUUUUAUCCAUGGAUUCGUUUUACAAAGUGCUGACAGAGGGACAACAUCAUUUAGCGUCCAAAAGUGAGUAUAAUUUCGACCAUCCACAGGCCUUCGAUUUUGAUUUAAUGUGUGAAACUGUUCGGCGUCUUCGAGAAGGCAAGAAUGUUGAAGUCCCAGUUUACGAUUUCACUACCCACAGACGUGACAAACAGUCGAAAUUAAUGUAUGGCGCAGAUGUACUAAUUUUUGAAGGCAUUUUAGCUUUCUACAACAAGGAAUUGGUUGAUUUAAUGGAUAUGAAAGUAUUUGUGGAUACGGACCCGGACACACGGUUGGCACGAAGGCUAGAAAGAGACAUCCAGGAUCGUGGACGAGAUCUUAAAGGUGUUUUAACUCAAUAUUUACGGUUUGUAAAGCCAGCUUUUGAUACGUUCAUAGCACCCGCUAUGAAGAUUGCGGACAUUAUCGUACCACGAGGUGGUGAAAAUGAAGUAGCCAUCGAUCUCAUUGUUAAACAAGUAAAAACUCAACUCGCUGAAAGAGGUUACGAUGCAUCGAAGAAUCCUUAUUCACAACGUGCAGGAAUGGUACAAAAAGAUUUGCCAUUACAACUGCCUCGUACGUUAACAGUUGUGUCACAAACACCACAAGUUCGUGGAUUGCAUACAUUUAUAAGGAAUCGCAGUACUCCAAGGGAUGAAUUCAAUUUCUAUUCGAAUCGAUUAAUGCGAAUACUAAUCGAAAAUGCUAUGAAUUUUAUGCCAUUCCAGGAUGCCACGGUUACUACGCCAACAAUGGAAAAAUUUGUUGGCAAAAGGAAUACAGCGCAAAUAUGCGGUGUUACAAUCAUGCGUGCAGGUGAAACAAUGGAACAUGCAUUGAGAGCUGUUGUGAAGGACUGCAAAAUGGGCAAAAUUUUGAUACAAACCAAUGAGAAAACGAUGGAACCGGAAUUAUUCUAUCUGCGUCUGCCGAAGAAUAUUCAUCAAUAUAAAGUCCUAUUAAUGGAUGCUACUGUUGCUACAGGUUUUUUUGCGGUUCUCUUUGCUACAGUUUAG